AUGCAGAGGCUGAGUGCUUCUGGACAAGCAAGAAGUGAGCCAAAGAUUGACUCUGAUCUUUGGGGACAUCCAUCCGUAGCGGUAGCUCUGCUCGAUUCGCAAAUAACUGCGAAUGGUGGUCGUUUGUUUACGAAGAAAUCCUCGAACGGAGUGAUCAACAGGGUUCAUUCAAUGCCUGCCCACUAUCAUGUCAUCAACGGAUAUCGAACUAGCCCUAAUGAAGAAGUGCCAAACGGCUCAGUGCUGCCCAGCGUCACACAGCCAGCUUCUCGAGGUAAAACUAGAGAUCCACCUCCUUAUGAGAGAGCUCUUGAUAUUCAACGAAACGCAAAUACUCAGAUGAAUCAUUUGCAUCUACAGCCAAGUGUGGUCCAAACCAUCGGCAUGGGACCAUUAGCUGCCGAAGCUGCCGGCGGACAACCGGCAUUCCCUCCAGCGUCGGCCACACACGAUUACUUCAUAGAUGAGGAAGGGUUGAGCACGGAACGACUUCGUGACUUCCCAAUGAUGCAUCGACUUCUACGUGAAUCGAAUAGUCUUCUCAGUCAUCAACGAAGACCGUCGUCAUGCAUUGACCUCACCUCCGAAUACGUGAACCAUUUGGCACCACCAAUGACAGCA